AUGUUUGUUAAGAAGUUGUACGUUCCGGUUGGAAGAGAAGGGAGUUUCCAAAUCAUCACAACUGUAGUGUUCUGUAUUUCUACGGCAUUUUUCAUUUUGCUUCUUGGAAUGUUCAUCAAUGAUCGGAUGAAGAAGUACUCGAUCUAUGAUGGCUUCUACUUUCCUCAGCCAUCCACGUCUUUAGCCCCUCCAUCCUCACAAAACCUAUGCAGCUCCUCUGUAACUUCGGAAUCUGUUAAAACUUCAGGUAAUGAAACUGGAAGUCUAUUCGAGACAAUGUCUCCGCAAAAUCUUUGGCAUUCUAUGAGUGAUGAAGAAUUGCUAUGGAGAGCUUCAAUGGUACCUCAUAAUGUCAAGUCCCCAUUCAAUUGUACUCCAAAAGUCGCAUUCAUGUUCCUAACAAGGGGAAGCUUGCCUUAG